AUGGAAAUUUUUCCAAGCAAUGCCUCUCGCUCGCAUGAACAGUUUUUCUCAUUGGAAGCUGUUGGAAAAAUAUCCAAGAAUCCUCUAAAUGCCGUUGAGAGUGAUUCUGGAUUUGAAUUGGAUGGAAAGAAGAAAGCGCGAGAAGCUCUAAAACAGCUCGACAACCAGCUUCAAAGCCUCACCACCACAACUCCACCGCCAAACAUAAGGAGGGUCUCUUCUUCUCCGCCGAAAAACUUGGAUUCCAAGGCUGACAUAGAUAGAGAUAUGAUGAGGGAACCACCGCCGGAGUAUUCUGAUUCGUUUUUUGCCUACUCGGCGUUUGCUCUCCUAUUUAUCUCAGUUUUCUACAAUAUACUAUUCCUCACAGUUAUUAAACCAUCUAUCGAUGGACCAGCACCAGCUGCAUAUACUUAUAUUAUCACUAAUCAAGCUGUGAAAGAAGCUCCAAUUGAUUCACCACCAAUUGGUAACCCGGAGUGA